AUGGCUUCCACAGUGGAAACCCCUGAGAUUACGUUGUCUGCUCCAGAGGUAACCCAGUCGGCUUCAACGACGUCCGAUGCAUACAACAACGAACGACCCCCCUCCUACACGAGUCCCCAGCAACCGUCCCCAGCUGCUUUGCCAGUUGCCCAGCAAGGCCAGCCCACAGAGCAAAUGAAGUCGAAUGUGCCCACGACGAUGACCUACACCCAACCACUCCAGGUAACGCCUCUCACGCGGCUUGGGGAAACGCCUGCAUGGAUUGAUUGUCCUCACUGCCACGCAAGAACGCAAACAAGGGUCGCAGAGGAAAACUCAUCGGAAACAAGGACGGCCUCUUUGCUAUGCUGUCUCUUCUGUGGCAUUAUCGGUGUCUGCAUUCCCAGCUUGUGCGGCUGGUGCGCAGACACAGAUCACUUCUGCACUCGCUGCGGCAAGCAGGUGGCCCGUAAGCCGCAUGAUGGACCAGCACAUGAAAUGUUCCCUCCGGAGCAGCGCCAGGUUGCAUCUAAGUAUGCCACUGCACAGCCGGUCCCACAGCCAGUUCUACAGCCUAUUGCAGAGCCAAAAGCACAGCCAGCUAUAGAACCCGCUACAGAGCCAAAAGGUGCUCCGGAGGUGAGCACGCCUGCUCAGGUGGCGUCAACUCUGCCAGGGGAAAAUUAG